UUGGGUAAGAGCGGCGUCGCUGUCGCCCCGGUCAGCCAAUGGGCGGGCGGGGAGCGGAGAUUCAAAUCCGAGCGCUGGCGGUUAGUCUCAAGCGCGAACGGCCUGAGAUCUCUAUUCCUCCCCCCGCAAGACCCUGAACCCAGGCAGAGAGCGAGCGUUCAGACCUCGGCUCCAGGACUAGUGCCAGUGCAGAGACCUCGGGCGCAGCCCCCGGCAAUGGAACUACAUGAACUCCGGUACAGCGAGCUGCAGCGGCUGGCCAAGCAGCACGGCCUCCGGGCCAAUCUCAAGGCAGAAAAAUUACUGAAAAAUUUGCAAGAAUUCUUCCAAGAGCAGAAGGAUGGUCCUGCUUUGAAGGCUGCAAUAGAAGAGAAUACAUGUAAUACAGUUAAUGUGGAAAAGUGGGAAGACUCUAAUGUGACCAAACGACGGGGCAAAGAAAGAUUGCCAAAUGACAAUCAAAAUGAAUCACUUCAUUCACAAAUUUUUACAGCUUCUGAAAAUGAACAGCCUUCAAUGGAACCUUCCCCUCGUUUGGAAAAGUGCCAAAGCACAGAAGGUUCUGAUUUAAAGAGGAGGCAAAAAAAACGACAUGUUGAAUUUGAGGAUUCUAUAGAAAAGGAUGAAAUUACAGGAAAUGCGGCUGAUGAAAGUGCUCCUGUCAUCCAGUGCUCACUUCAUGUAUCAAAUGAGAAAGUAACUGAUACAUCCAAAGGUACAGGAACUGCUACCCAAUCAAAGACUGGCAAAAUUCCAUGUUUAAUUCGAGCGACUGGGAAACCUGGUCUCAAAUCUCCUGCAGUUGGGAAAACUGCACUAAAUCAUGUGACUCCUGACUGGAAAAAGAUUCACCAAGCUCGUUUCAACAAGAUGGAGUCAAUUGACUUGUACAUUGAACGAAAAAGGAAACGCUUUGAAAAGUUUGGUAACUCUAUCAAGCAGCAGUCGGUGAAUGAACCAAAAAAUAUGAAGAACAUACCCAAUUUCUUUAGCCCGGUACAUCAGACAUCAAAAAAUGACCAAUUUUCGACGCCUGCCAACCAGCGUAAAUCACCACGUAACUCUGCUGCAGUAACUUUAAAUGAAAAAUCAGCCUUUAAACCGUCUGUUUACUCUGUCACCAAAAUGAAUGUCAGAUUUCCAGAUGCUGCCAAGAACACUGAUAAACAUGGAACGAUGAAGACUCCAAUUAGGAAGCUUAACCCAGGCAGUGAAGUGAAAAAUGUCAGACCAUCUGGACCUGAGGAACCUAUAUGCCAGAAGCAAACCCACAUCAACGCUUGUAACCCUGCUGAAACGAAAGUCGUUACCCCGUAUCGGUUCUCUGGCACCACUACUCCUGGAACAAACAAAAAGUUUGACUUGCAGGCAAGUUUGGCUCGCCCUCUUCGAUACAAACCACACAAAGGAAAGCUGAAAAGUUGGGAAGAGAUGAAAGAGAAUGCCUGUUCUCUCAAAAAGGAUCCUAAACAACCAAAAUUACAGACCAGGGAGACUCGACGGGAAAAGUUUUUGGAAGAACGGAAGGAAAGAAAGAACAAUGUGAUAGGAGCAAGACGAGGACUGGUCAUGGCGAAAUGAACACAUUUAUGAAUGAAACCAAUACUCUACUGUCUAUUCUGUUACUUGCCUUUUUUUUAUGUGUUUGGUUGAAUAUUCUAAACUCUAUUUUAAACUUUAGCCCUUUCUUUGUUUAUAGCACUGUCCAUUCUGAGCUUUGAUUCAUGUGGUUUCAUCAUUGAGACUGAAUAUAGAUUAUUCAGUUAAGUGAGGCACCUCACUUUUAAAGUUCUGUGGUUUUCAGAUACUGUUUAGUUAUAUUCCCUGAUGGAUGAAUAUGUACGCUUGCUUCAAAUGUUGAUCAGGUGGAGACAGUCUGAGAGAAAAUAGGAAAGUGCCUCGCAAGUGACUCUGACGACGUGCAGUUUGCAAGUGACAAAUGAAGGUAGCUGCACUGAGUGUGUUUGACACUGGACAGGGAGAAUUCCAUCAAACCCUGACAUCCCUGACUUACCUGAGCAUUUAACUUCAAUCAGAAUAAAUCUUGCUUUAAAAAUAAGAUGUGUAACUCCGUGUGUUUACCAGCUUUUAAAGAGUGCUUUUUAUUUUGAGGAUCUUGAAAUGUCUCCAGUAGUGAAACCUGCAUUAAGACCCUUUCAAGUUCAAACUGGUAGACUAUUGAUUUGAGGUGCUUUGCUGUUGAACCAAAAAGAAUUUGUCUCGCUCUCUUGUUAAGAGUAUUUGCUUCUGACCAUCUUUGUUUCAAUUUUAGUCUCAUCUUGUUCCAGAAAGGCUGAUGUUAGCGGCAUUUCAUCAAAAUUCAUUGAUUAUAAUGUGCAGGAAUAAAAUGCUAAUUUGCCUCCCAAGUAACUGCAUGACAGCUUGCUUUUUAUUUUUUGCAAAAAUAAUUAGGUGAUGGAAAGAAUAAGGGAGUCUGGAUGUGUUAGAUCCUGGGAUAGGUGUUUAAGUUCAACCAUGGAGCCCAAAUAAAAGGCAGAAGAGUGAGGAAUGGUGUCGUUUGGAGUUGUUAGGUAUUCUCAACAAGCUCUUAAGUCCAAAAGCAAAUCUUAAUUUGUAACAUGAACAAUAACAUUCUAGAUCUUCUAUUAAGGUAUCUUCUUCAAAACAGCUUUAUGCAUGAGUUUUGUAUCAUCUAUAUGUGCUGCCUCCAGAAUGGAGGAAUGUGUGUUCAUGACCUGCAUUGGCUACAUCAUGCAUGUUUUUGAGAUAGAAGAAUAUUGUUAGUUUAAAGUCCAUUGAUGCAACAGUAUUUUCUGCUUUGAUUUUUUUUUUCCUUCUGCACCACUCCUCUGACUGUUGACUCUGUGUGCCUGUAAAAUUGUGCAGCCAUGAGCUAUCUGAAGUUAUGUAGGACUUUCAAAGAUUCAUUUUUUUCUUUCAAGUAAUAUAGCCAUAAUAUCCUGUUGACUGGGUACAAACUGAACUUCUCUCUCCCAUCUCCCUCCCUCUUUGCCCUCCCCACUUUUCUUUUUACCUCUCUCCCUUCCAACCACCCACCCACUCUUGCUCUUAGAGAGGUUUAUUACUGAUUUUUGUAUAUGUUACCAUUCUGAGUUUUCUGUAGAAAACUGAAAAUUUAACAAGAUAUAGAGCAUCCUUUCCUAAAGGGAACUGCAAUUGUCAAGGUACUCUGCAUAAACUUUAAUUGACCUUUUUUUUCCUUUUUCUCUUGUGUUCAGAUCCCACUCCUGCAUAUUUAUCCACCACUUGUUUCAUUAGAUCCAUGAAACGACUGGAAAGCAAGCUGCUCUGCUCAGUUCUGGAACUGUAUUUUAUUUCCUUUUUUUAUGUUGAAGUGUUCCCUUGAUUUUAAAAAGUUGCGGUUUUCAUGUUUUGUAUCUAGUGGUUUGGUGGUAAAAAUGAAACUUAAACAAAUGCUGAAAUACUCUGAUCAGGCAAUUUUUUUUAUUCAGAGCUGAGAAUUUCCAGCAUGUUUGACUUCAUCGUAUUUUGCUUUCAGAUACAUGCUAGCUGUAUAACUUUAUCCCUGCUUGCUUUUGAGGAACAUAAAAGAAAAUUGUCUAAAUUCGCACUCCUGUCUGUGUGGAUGUAAGAUGAGGACAGGGUAAUGCUUGAUGAAGAAAGUUCUAACAACUCAAUCUAGAUUCACACAAAGAACAACAAGGAAUAUUGCAUAAGUAGAUUCCUAAAGGGAGAGAUUAACUGGCUUAACCAUGAGAGAUGCUUACGAAAAACACAAUUUUGAAGUUUGUUCUUGCCAGCUGAUGUAUAGCAGUCCCUCCAAAAAUGUGCUUUUCUAAAAAAAACUAUGCUUGGCCUCUUAUACUGUAAUUAGCUGUGCUUUUGUAAAAGUGGAAUGAAAUUUGUUAAAAUAAAACUUUCUUUGCUAA